AUGACCAAAAUACACGACAAGCCUAAAGGUGAUAUCUCAGGGACACCUUUCCCCGACCUUGUAUGGGAAGAAAUCGCGAGCUACUUGGAUGAAGAGUCGUUGUUCGAAUUGGGACGAGCAUGUCGGUCGCUAAACGAUUUCGCUUUUACCUUCUACCUCGAGACGCAAAACGAGUACUACACCUUUGGAGAUCUCCUCUCUGCCCCUGUUGGCUAUCCCCCUUCCCUCUUGACAGCUCUACGAUGUGCUCUAUUCGUGAAGGGCCUUCGCCGCAUCAUCGUGGGCCCUAAAUCCGUCGAAACCCUCCAAGAGUUGAUUCAACAGCUGCUCGAUCUCCGCGCCAUUGUCCGCCGGCAAACCAGAUGUCACCACUUUGCCUUGUUCCUCUCCUCUGUCGAUUUCCGAAUUCAAAAGUGCGGCGGAUUGGCAUUUGCGAGGGGGAUCCGCGUGUCGGAAACCGCGUUCCAGGAGCUCUUGUGCAGCCUGGUGACGACCGCUGUCAAUAAAGGUUGCAAGAGCCUGGAUAUCAGCAAGGGAACCGCACUCAUCACUGGUGGUGCUUUGGGCGCCGGGCCACUUACAAGGCCUUCCUAUGCAAAAACAAAGGAGCAGGCUGCGCCCGUAACGAUCGAACCAGGUCCUAAAGAAGGGCCUCAAGAGGCGAUGAGUAAAGGCCCCGGGGCUAGUCUUCCACCGCUUGGGUCGCAACCCCAGGCACUGAAGGGUCCACGACCUGAAGUAGAACUCCCGGGUCGAGCACGACACUCGCUUCUCAACCUCAAACGGCUCUUUCAAACUGGAUUCCGGAAGAAGAAACCGAAACCGAUGGCUUCCCUGAGCCCUACUCUUACAACGACGCCUGCGUCCGCCUUUUCGUCUUCUCUGAACCCUACUCCUACGCCAAUUCCCCCUUCCGCCUUUUCGGCUCCUGUGAGACCUGAUGUGGUCAGCUCGUCGAAGAAGGACAUUGCACUUGUCCCUAGGCCAGCAGAACCCGGACCCUCCCUGACGUCGCAGACUCACGGACCAGCUAGUCAGCCGUCACUGAGCAAUCUCGAACUUCGAUCCGACAUGCUUCUCUUGCCUCUCUUCUAUGACUUUACAUCGACCCUCCUCAGAGCCAGCUCAUCCACCCUCAGCAAGCUCGUCAUCGAAUGCUCUUCCACACCUUCGUCCGUCUGGCACGACUUCUUCACCUCGGUUCAGAUCUCCUGUUUGAGGAUGCUGGAGAUCAUUGUAAGCAUGCUCCUAGUGGAGGAGAUGUUGGACAUCGCACCGGACGACCUUGCUUACUUCCUCUCGCGCCACACGACCUUGGAGGUGAUAACCCUCUAUGGGCUAAAGCCAGGUGUCCCAUCGCAGGCUCUAACGGAGCGCCUUUUCAUGCCUGGGCUGAGGUCGUUUAGGGGCCAUCCAGCGUAUGUGUCGUGGAUCCUCGACCUUGAUCCGGCGCAGGUACCACGGCUCGAGCGCGUCGUUGCCAACACCGAGUACUACAGCAGUAGUUCAAACCGACCGUUCGAUCAUCGAUUGUUGGACGGGGUGCUGCAGUCGCUGGGUGCGCGAAACCUCACCCUUGGACUUGACUUGACGAUUACCGAAGGACGGGACGAGUGGUUCCAGAGCCGCGUGGACGAUCCAGACAGUGGACCAAUUAAAUCGCUCACCAAUAUCCGGACACUCGACCUCAACUACUCUUGGUAUAUGGUCCUCAAGCCGCCCGAACUCGAAUUCUUGACGCAAUUCAUCAAUACCUUCCCGGCGGUCGAGCACCUGCUGCUAAACGAAUUCGCCAUCGAUGUGGAGUCGACGGGUUGGGCGCUAAGCGAAACUGAGAAAGUACAGGACUUCUUUGCGCGUCGUUGCCCGAGUUUGCGAACCGUCAAGAUCAAUGGGCGUCUGUCUAUCUCGCUGGUUCCAGUUUCGGUGAUGGAGCCGGGCUCUAAUGGACCACAGUGA